AUGCACAGAUGCGACAAUGCGUCGCUUGCGUCCGUGAACGCCACCGGCAAGGUGGUGCUGUGCUACGCACCGGAGGACGUGAACAUCAAUCCUCCAAGGCAAGGCUUGUUCAACGCUAUCAGCAACGUGAAGAAGGUCGGCGCCAGGGGGCUCAUCUUUGCGGGCUACUCUUCCAACGUGCUUGACAAAGCAGACAGCUGCAAUGGAGUCAUGCCCUGCGUGCUCGUCGACUUCGAGAUCGCAAACCGGAUCGCCUUUUAUAUGAUCAACACAAGGAACGCCACCUUCAAGGCGACUUUCACGGCGAGGCAGAUGGUGCAAGGCGUUUACACAUUUGGGAGCUUGGCAUGGUCGGAUGAUGGCGGGGCUCAUUCGGUUCGGAUUCCAAUCGCUGUUCGCUCCGUCAUCCAAGAUUUUGUCGCAGAUGUCUCCUAA